AUUUUUUAUCCCUGCAUUUUAUCUUUGACAAUAGUUAGUAGAUCCUAGUGCAUGCCUCAACCUCUUCCUGAGAGCUAGUACUUUACGAUUGCUCUCUCUGCAAUUGUUGUACUCGAGACAGGCUUUGUCUCUCCUCUUCCAUGACUGAAAAGCUAAUUUACGUGUGUCGCUUAUUUUUGAGAAACCAGAUUUAAACUACUUUAGUCAAAACGCUGUAGGACUACCCCAAACCGUGAAUACAUCACAAGCAGUGAGGAAACGAGCCCCAAAGUAGUGAUGCGAACAUUUCACGGUCACGGUUCUUAUUAUUUGUUAAGGAAAUCAUUGUAGUCGCGAACGGCCGCCCGAAAUUUAUUACUAAUAGAUGACUAAAGUAACACUUUCAUGGCAAGGGGAGCUUUAAAAUCAAUUAUUUAUCGAUGACUUUGUCGUCUUUACCACAGCUAGUGGAACGUAAUGGUGGAAUAACUAUGUACUGCGAGACAAGCCUUACCUUAUGGUCACGCAAUCGUUUGGGUUGAAAUUGCCGAACUAAACCAAAUAUGCAGUAAGCAGUGAUAUCUUAUAUGUAACACUGAUUGGCGAACGCAAAAUGUGAUAAAAGGGCCUUAACUUCAUCAUUCAUAUUAGUUUUAAAGAAAUAGCUUUUGCAAGCAGCGAGAAAAUUUGAGGUAGCUAGGUUGAGAGUUUGUAAACAUCGAUGGACGAUUGAAUAAAGACUAGACUAGUUAUGAAACGGAAAACGUCGGUAAACUGUGCACUCAAAAGUGCGAAGAAAGAAAUAUUUAUUCCACAGAAUUUGGAAGCUUAAAAGUAAGUAUCACGCUCCUUUUAUGUCAAUCCGUUUUUGAAACCCCCUGAGUUCUUCAUUAUGUUGAAAGUUUAUGUUGCUAAAAAUAGGAUUUACGUGACUCUCCGUGACAACGGGAAGUGAUGGGAACUGCCACGUCAAUAAUAACUGCGUAGCUCUGUGGGCAGCUGAAACCCAGCGUAACAAAAUGAAAAACACCAGUUCUUGCGUUAAGCGCAAGUAAUCGAUGUCAUCCACUGUCGUAGCACACACAAAAACAACCAAGUCUGAAAUUCAUUUUCAGGUAAACGACGAAAUAAUGCGAGGCGAAGCAAACGAAAAAUCUGAGGAUUUUAUUUCCGGCUUAGCUACAGAUACGGACAACUUUCUUGAAGCAGCUACUUACCCAGUCAAAUUUUUGAUCAAGUUAUAUCAAACUACAAUCAUGGAAAGAGGAAUGCAAGAAAUAACAGUUCAACCGUCAAAAGCACGAGCUGAUGUAGGGAAAAGAUUGAUCGUCAGGGAACUUUCCAUAUCGGAAUUUGGUUUCCAAGAGCUACCGGUAAACUUACAACUCAAUAUAUUCUCAUACUUGGAUGCAAGAUCACUUUGCACAGCUGCGUCAACAUGCCACUAUUGGAACAUGCUCAGUGAAGACAAGGUACUCUGGAUGAACUUGUUGCAACGUGACAUGCACAAGUGGAGCACUAUGGGAUAUCAGUCAUGUCCAUCAACUUACAUGGAGGCAAGAUCAGAUUUAUCUUUGAAACAAAUAUACUUAAGGUGCUGUCCAGAGUGCAGAUCCUUAAGAAAAACCAGAGAGUCUUUCAAGUCAAUAGUCUUCUACAACCUGCAAAACUUAUCCUCCUUUUUCAAGAAAAGAUCACCCCGUUUAGUCAUGUUUGGUCCUGGGUUGGAGUCAGACACCAAAGGACUUGUGCGUGAACUAUUAUGGGAUAAAAAGUCACCAUUUGAAGUGACAGGAAUGUUCCCAGGACAGUUUGAAGGUGUUGGUUCUGGAGUUUGCUUGAGCUUUGAAAACAUGGAAUUAAACCUUAUCACAUUGUAUGCUUCAAACAAAAAAGAAAGAGAAGCUAAUGUAAGACUUGGAAGGCCAAGAUCUAGUAAACUACUGGCUUCCACUGAAAAUGCAAAUAAUAAUGAAGAUGACAAGGAUCAUGAGUCCCAGUUCCAGUCCCACUCCACUGAGUUAAGCCAUCCAGUCAGGGAACUUUGUAAAACUGUAAAUGCAUUUAUAUAUGUCGUCGACUCUUCUGCUGACUCUGAUAGAGUGAAUGUAGGAGAUGUGGAGUUGUCUGCCAUGAUGAAUGAGAACUGGACACAAGUUAAGGCUCCUCUUUUAGUACUGUCUUGUGUUGAAAAAGAAAUCACACCUUCAUUGUCCUGUGCAACUGUCGUUGAGCUUCUACAGCUGAGACAACUCAACAGACCAUGGCAGGUAAAUUCAGCUUGUGUUGAAAACCUGGAUGGAGUCCUGCCUGGUAUUAAAUGGUUGCUCAACUCGGCAAGUUAAAUCGAUUUGUUCAGUGUCAAAGAGUGCAAGAAACUCAUUGGCUGGACAUCAUUUACAAGCACAUCAUCGAACUACACUAGACCUUAAGAACAUUUCAUUAUAGAUGUGCGUGUAUAUUAAUUGAAAAACAUAUAAGUACCUGAAUAAAAAAGUUAAAAUUA